GGGGAGGCAAGAUGGCGGUGGCGGUGGCGCUGAGGUUGAGGUGAGACGCUGCGAUCGUCCAGCCCCGCCAGAGCCUGCCGCCCCGGGCCGCCGCAGCGCCGCGCCGUCGGACCUGUAAACAUCCCCAGCUUCUGUCAUCCCUGGGCUGCUGGAGGGCACAGUGGAAGUCGCUUUUUUCUAGAAUUAUUCUGACUUGAUGGCGGUUUCCUAGAAACAUGAUUGCUUGCUGGUCUUGAUCUCACAGCUUUGUGAAGACUUCUUCUCUGAUAAUGUCAAGUUCAGGCUACCCUCCUAACCAAGGAGCAUUCAGCACAGAACAGAGUCGUUAUCCUACUCACUCUGUCCAGUACACCUUCCCUAGCACCCGGCACCAGCAGGAAUUUGCAGUUCCCGAUUAUCGUUCGUCUCACCUGGAAGUCAGUCAGGCAACCCAGCUCUUGCAGCAGCAGCAGCAACAGCAGCAGCAACUUCGGCGCAGGCCUUCCUUGCUUUCUGAAUUUCACCCAGGCUCUGACAGGCCUCAGGAAAGGAGAACUGGAUAUGAACAGCAAUUUCAUCCAGGUCCAUCUCAGACAGAUCAUGAUUCACUGGAAUCUAAGCGACCACGUCUUGAACAAGUCUCUGAUUCCCAUUUUCAGCGUGUCAGUGCAGCUACUGUCUUGCCUUUAGUACAUCCUCUGCAGGAAGGAUUGAGAUCUGCUGAUAUUAAGAAGGACCCGGCUUUUGGAGGAAAGCAUGAGGGACCAUCUUCUCCAAUUUCUGGUCAGCCUUGUGGGGAAGACCAAAAUGCUUCACCUUCAAAGCUGUCAAAGGAAGAAUUGAUACAGAGCAUGGACCGUGUAGAUCGCGAAAUUGCGAAAGUUGAACAGCAAAUCCUUAAACUGAAGAAAAAGCAACAACAACUUGAAGAAGAAGCUGCUAAGCCUCCUGAGCCAGAGAGGCCUGUCUCCCCUCCUCCAGUGGAACAGAAACACCGCAGUAUUGUCCAAAUUAUUUACGAUGAAAAUCGGAAAAAAGCAGAAGAAGCUCACAAGAUUUUUGAAGGUCUUGGUCCAAAAGUUGAACUGCCACUUUACAACCAACCGUCAGACACAAAGGUCUACCAUGAAAACAUCAAAACAAACCAGGUGAUGAGGAAGAAGCUAAUACUAUUCUUUAAAAGAAGAAAUCACGCAAGAAAACAACGGGAGCAGAAAAUCUGUCAACGUUAUGAUCAGUUGAUGGAGGCAUGGGAGAAGAAAGUUGACAGGAUAGAAAAUAAUCCACGCAGGAAAGCUAAGGAGAGCAAAACAAGAGAGUACUAUGAAAAACAAUUUCCAGAAAUCCGGAAGCAAAGAGAACAGCAAGAACGAUUCCAAAGAGUUGGCCAAAGAGGGGCUGGGCUUUCGGCAACUAUUGCUAGAAGUGAACACGAGAUUUCUGAAAUCAUUGAUGGACUUUCUGAGCAGGAGAAUAAUGAAAAACAAAUGCGUCAGCUCUCUGUCAUUCCUCCCAUGAUGUUUGAUGCAGAACAAAGACGAGUGAAGUUUAUUAAUAUGAAUGGUCUGAUGGAGGAUCCCAUGAAAGUUUAUAAAGACAGACAGUUCAUGAAUGUCUGGACCGACCAUGAGAAAGAGAUUUUUAAGGAAAAGUUUGUCCAACAUCCCAAGAACUUUGGUCUAAUUGCUUCCUACCUGGAACGAAAGAAUGUUCCCGACUGUGUAUUAUAUUAUUAUUUGACCAAGAAAAAUGAAAAUUAUAAAGCCCUCGUGCGAAGGAAUUAUGGUAAACGCAGAGGAAGAAACCAGCAACAAAUUGCUCGUCCUUCUCAAGAAGAAAAGGUAGAAGAAAAGGUAGAAGAGGAAAAAGCAGAAAAAGCAGAGAAAAAAGAGGAGGAAAAGAAAGAUGAGGAGGAAAAGGAUGAGAAGGAGGAAUCGAAAGAGAAUACCAAAGAAAAGGACAAAACUGAAGUUGCACCAGAGGAAACGGAGGAAAGGGAGCAGGCCGCUCCUAGGGGCCGAAAAACUGCCAAUAGUCAAGGCCGUCGUAAGGGCAGAAUCACCAGAUCAAUGACAAAUGAAGCUGCACAAGCAAAUGCUGCUGCAGCUGCAGCCACUGAAGAACCACCACCGCCUCUUCCACCCCCACCAGAACCUUCUUCUGCAGAGCCUGUGGAAACAUCCCGCUGGACAGAAGAAGAAAUGGAAGUUGCCAAGAAAGGCCUAGUGGAACAUGGACGAAACUGGGCAGCAAUUGCCAAAAUGGUUGGGACGAAAAGUGAAGCUCAGUGUAAGAACUUCUACUUCAACUAUAAAAGGAGACACAAUCUGGACAGUCUCCUCCAACAACACAAACAGAAGUCUUCACGAAGGCCCCGUGAGGAGCGAGAUGUAUCCCAGUGUGAGAGUGUAGCUUCGACUGUCUCAGCUCAGGAGGAUGAAGAUAUUGAAGCAUCUAAUGAAGAAGAGAAUCCGGAAGACAGUGAAGGUGCUGAAAAUAGUUCUGAUACAGAAAGUGCUCCAUCUCCAACUCCAGCAGAACCUGCUAAACCAAGUGAAGAAACUCCAUCUGAGAGUGCUGCUUCGAAAGUAACCACUGAGACAACAGCAGAACAAGAAUCUACCGUUAAACCUGCAACCAGCACAUCUCCCUCCUUAACAGCCCAAAGUGUAUCAACAGCUGAAAGUCAGAACCCUGAGCCACAGGUUAAGGAAGAAAUAAAUAAUGAGGCAGAAGAGCCUAUGGAGGUUGACAGUAGAAGCCAUCCAGUUGAAGCUAAGCCUGUGAUUACUCUUCCAGUGCAUACCAAAGUAGAACCUGUAGAGACUGAAAUGAGGCUACCAGAGAAUAUUCAAGUGAAAAUAGAGAGUGAUACCAAAGAGAGAGAGAUGGAGAAACCCAAGGAAAAGUCAGAACCAGAGGAAAUGGACUAUAGUCUGUCACAACAAGUUAAUACAGCAAGACAAGAAUCCCAUUCAGAUAAUGAUUCGAGUGCCACCUGUAGUGCUGAUGAGGAAGUUGAUGGAGAACCUGACAGGCAAGGUAUCUUCAGCAGGGAGUCAAAGCCCUCACUGUUAAAUUCCACUGGGUCAAUACUGGUAUCAUCCGCAAUAAAGCAAGGGCAGAUGGACCUGCAACAACUUCACCACCGAGCUGCUGUCAUACCACCUAUGGUUUCUUGCAGUCCCUGUACUGUCCCUGUCGGAACACCAGUGAGUGGUUACGCGCUGUAUCAACGGCACAUUAAAGCAAUGCAUGAGUCAGCACUGCUGGAGGAACAACGCCAGAGGCAAGAGCAGCUGGAUAUGGAGUAUCGAAGUGCUGUAAGCCCUUGUGGCACUUCCAAGAGCCCUAAUGUUGAGUGGGAAGGAAAACCGGUGGCCUACAUGCCUUACGCUGAGGUCAAGCGAGCGAUAGAACAGGAAGCACAAGUGCAAAAUACAGCAACAAGGUCAGCAUCACCAUACAGGCUGUCUCCAAGAGAAGUCAAUAAAGCCUCUCCCCAGCCUGAUAUGAACGCAGCUCGCUACAGUGUCCCGCCAGUUCUCCAGCCAGCACCUCACCAAGUAAUAACCAAUAUACCUGAAGGAGUCCGCCUUCCGACGACCAGACCCACCAGACCACCACCACCACUCAUUCCAUCCUCCAAAACAAGUGUGCCAUCAGAAAAACCUUCCUUCAUCAUGGGAGGCUCAAUCUCACAAGGAACACCUGGCACUUACUUAACAUCCCAUGGUCAAGCUUCCUAUACCCAAGAAACUGCAAAGCCAUCAGUGGGUUCUAUAUCUCUUGGGCUGCCAAGGCAGCAGGAGUCAGCCAAAUCUGCUUCCCUGCCCUAUAUCAAACAAGAAGAAUUCUCUCCCAGAAGUCAGAAUUCCCAACCUGAGGGACUCCUGGUCAGGGCACAACAUGAAAGUGUGGUUCGAGGUACCACAACGAUACAGGAGGGAAGUAUAACGCGAGGAACUCCAACCAAUAAAGUUUCCGUUGAGACCAUUCCUUCUUUGAGAGGCUCCAUAACUCAGGGUACACCAGCUCUCUCCCAGUCUGGCAUAGCAGCUGAUGCAUUAUUGAAGGGAACCAUCACCCGGCUGGCCACAGAAGACAGCAGCCCAGAAAAGUGCCGAGAGGAAGCUUCCGCCAAAGGCCAUGUUAUUUAUGAAGGCAAAAGUGGGCAUAUUUUAUCUUAUGAUACUAUUAAAAAUGUUCGUGAAGGAACAAGGAGUCCAAGAACUGCUCAUGAAAUGGGUUUAAAGAGGAGCUAUGAUGCUAUGGAAGGAAAUAUAAAGCAAGGAAUGUCAAUGCGGGAGUCUCCAGUGUCGGCACCGCUGGAAGGUUUAAUAUGCCGUGCACUGCCUAGGGGUAGCCCACACGCUGAACUGAAAGAGAGAACAGUGUUGUCUGGCUCUAUAAUGCAAGGCACACCAAGAGCAACAGCUGAAAGUUUUGAAGAAGGCUUGAAAUACCCUAAACAGAUUAAGAGAGAGUCGCCUCCCAUAAGGACAUUUGAAGGAGCCAUUACGAAGGGGAAACCAUAUGAUGGAGUCACUACUAUAAAAGAAAUGGGUCGUUCCAUCCAUGAAAUCCCAAGACAGGACCUCUUAAGCCAGGAGAGUCGCAAGACUCCUGAAAUGGUGCAGACGACCAGGCCAAUCAUAGAAGGCUCCAUAUCUCAGGGCACACCCAUAAAAUAUGAAAGCAACUCUGGCCAGUCUGCCAUCAAACACAAUGUAAAAUCUUUAAUCACUGGACCAAGCAAGCUACCCCGUGGAAUGCCUCAGCUGGAAAUGGUGCCAGAAAACGUGAAGGUGGUGGAGCGAGGAAAAUAUGAAGAUGUGAAGACCGGGGAUGCAGUACGUUCCCGUCACACCUCAGUAGUCAGCUCUGGUCCCUCUGUUCUCAGGUCAACUCUUCAUGAAACUCCCAAAUCACAGCUGAGCCCUGGGAUUUAUGAUGAUACCAAUGCUCGGAGGACACCUGUGAACUAUCAAAGUCCAAUGUCCAGGAGUUCACCUAUGAUGAAUAGAGUUAGUGAGGCUGGAAUAUCUUCCGGGAAGCCAGCAAAUCAUGAAAGGAAAAACACACUUACUCCAACACAGAGGGAGAGCGUGCCAGCAAAAUCUCCGGUCCCAGGGGUUGAUCCUGUAGUGGCUCACAGUCCUUUUGACCCUCAUCACAGAGGUGCAACUCCUGAAGUCUAUAGGAGUCACCUCCCUCCUCAUUUAGAUCCUGCUAUGCCAUUUCACAGGGCUCUGGAUCCUGCUGCUGCUGCUUACCUGUUCCAAAGGCAGCUCUCACCCACCCCCGGCUACCCGAGUCAGUAUCAGCUUUACGCAAUGGAGAAUACACGGCAGACAAUCCUAAAUGACUACAUUACCUCACAGCAGAUGCAAGUCAACUUACGUCCUGAUGUAACGAGAGGAUUAUCUCCUAGAGAGCAAACUUUAGCUCUGCCAUACGCAGGAGCAAGAGGAAUUAUUGACCUGAACAACAUGGCUCCCACUAUCUUAGUGCCCCACCCUGGAGGAACAAGCACACCACCCAUGGAGAGAAUCACCUAUAUCCCCGGCACCCAGCUCACCUUCCCUCCCAGGCCUUACAAUCCUGCUUCUCUGUCGCCAGGACACCCUACACACCUGGCAGCUUCUGCAGCUGCAAAUGCUGAAAGGGAACGGGAAAGGGAGAGGGAGAAGGAACGGGAAAGGGAGAGGGAACGGGAGCGAGAGCGGGAAAGAGAACGAGAACGAGAGAGGGAGAGAAUAGCUUCAGUCCCUGCUGAACUUUAUCUUCGACCAGGUACAGAGCAGCCUGGCAGACCGGGCAGUCAUGGAUAUGUUCGGUCCCCAUCUCCUUCAGUUAGAAGCCAGGAAAACAUAAUGCAGCAAAGGCCUAGUAUUUUUCAAGGAACCAAUGGGACAAGUGUAAUCACACCUUUGGAUCCUGCUGCUCAGCUACGUAUCAUGCAGCUCACCCCUGGAGCUCCCUCUAUUACUCAGGGGUUGCCAGCUUCCCGUUACAAUACUGCUGCUGAUGCCCUUGCAGCACUAGUAGAUGCUGCAGCCUCUGCUCCUCAGAUGGAAGUUGCCAAAGCAAAAGAGAACAAGCACGAAGGAACCAGGAUAGAAGAGAAUAUGGGACGUCGGUCAGCUGUGGUUACAGAACAGCAGCAGAUGGAACAGAAGACACUGGAGGUAGAAAAGAGGCCUGUCCAGUGCCCCUAUACAUCCGCAAAUUUUUCUGGUGGCAAGUCCCAGGGACAGUCUUCAUCAGUAGUCUAUUCAGAGGCUGGUAAAGAGAAAGGACCUCCUCCUAAAUCCAGGUACGAGGAAGAGCUGAGAACUCGAGGAAAGACCACAAUUACUGCUGCUAACUUCAUAGAUGUGAUCAUCACUCGACAGAUUGCUUCAGACAAGGAUGCACGAGAUAGGGGCUCUCAAAGUUCAGAUUCUUCCAGUAGUUUAUCCUCCCACCGGUAUGAAGCUCCUGGAGAUGCCAUUGAGGUGAUUAGCCCUGCAAAUUCACCUGUACCUACUCAAGAAAAGCUACAGCCCUAUCAACAAGACACCCCUAAACCAAGCCAGGGAGAAAACGACCCAAACAGGCAAUACGAGGGGCCGAUUCACCGCUAUAGGACACAACAGGAACCCCCUUCACCCCAACAACCUCCACCUCCCUCUUCCCAAGCAGAAGGCAUGGCACACGUGCCCAGGACCCAUCGACUUAUCACCCUUGCCGAUCACAUCUGUCAAAUCAUUACACAAGACUUUGCUAGAAACCAGGCAGCUUCUCAGGCCUCUUUGCAGCCUCCCACCACUACAUUCCAGAAUUCCACCCCUGCUCCAACACCUGUUUCUACCCGGGCAAAGACAUCAAAUCGCUACAGCCCUGAGUCGCAGUCGCAGCCUGUCCACCAUCAGCGGCCAGGUGCUAGAGUGUCACCUGAAAACCUGUCUGACAAGUCCAGGGGAAGACCUGGAAAAUCUCCAGAGAGGAGUCAUGUCUCUUCAGAGCCCUAUGAGCCAAUCUCGCCACCUCAGGUCCCGGUUGUACAUGAAAAACAGGAAAAUGUUCUUUUGCUUUCCCAAAGAACUGAGCCUACUGAACAGAGGACUGACUCGCGCUCUCCAGGUAGUAUAAGCUACCUACCUUCCUUCUUCACCAAACUUGAGAACACUUCACCAAUGGUAAAGUCCAAGAAACAGGAGAUAUUUCGAAAGCUGAACUCGUCUGGCGGAGGUGACUCUGACAUGGCAACUGCUCAGCCAGGGACUGAAAUAUUCAAUUUGCCAGCAGUCACUACCUCAGGUGCAGUCAGUUCUAGGGGUCAUUCCUUUGCAGAUCCUGCCAGUAAUCUGGGUCUGGAAGACAUUAUUAGGAAAGCAUUGAUGGGAAACUUUGAUGACAAGAGUGAGGAGCAUGGAGUUGUAAUGUCACAAUCUAUUGCGGUAGCACCUGGCAGUUCCAGUGCUGCGGUAUCAGCAAGUAAUGAGACGCGCAGGGAAGAAGCUAAUCCAUCGCCAAAUUCAGGAGGGGGAGUCAGCAAGCAGAAGCUAAUCGGCAAGUCCAACAGUAGGAAGUCUAAGUCUCCAAUUCCUGGCCAGGGAUAUUUGGGAACCGAAAGACCUUCUUCUGUCUCAUCUGUACAUUCAGAAGGGGACUACCACAGACAGACUCCAGUGUGGGCCUGGGAAGACAGGCCUUCAUCAACAGGUUCAACACAGUUUCCGUACAACCCGCUGACGAUGAGGAUGCUCAGCAGUACACCGCCAACAUCCAUUGCGUGUGCCCCGCCGUCCAUGAGCCAAGCAACCACUCACCAACAGAACAGGAUAUGGGAGCGAGAGCCUGCGCCUCUGCUUUCAGCACAAUAUGAGACUCUGUCUGACAGUGAUGACUGAACUAUGCAGAUAUUUUUUUUUAAUUUGCGGGUCAAAAAAAGAAAUCUAUUUUUGACUUGUGCCCAUAGAGACUUUCCAAGAGAGCAAGGGCCACAAAAUGAAGAAUUAAUGGAGAGUCCGUUAAAUGCCUUCUGCACAGGCCAUGUGUUGGAGGAUCGUGAUCAAGAAGGUUGACUUACUAAAGAUAAAUAUGUAAAGAGUUUUUAAAAAUGUGGACUAUUCCUGUUCUACAUCUAUUUGUAAAGAAAACCAUAAUGUCUUUAAAUCAUUCUUCUGUAAAUAGAGAGUACUUUUUGCAGUGUUUUUUCCCUUGCUAUAGUAUCUGGUGUACUUAUGUUCAAAUCAUUGCCUAAACUUUGGGGGUCAUUUUGUAAUUUUUUUUUUUUAAGCAUUUUCUCCAGUGUAGAGUACUCUUCAUAACCCUAGCCUCCCUUCCAGCCUAGCCUAACCAUAACCCCAGCCUCCCAACCAGCCUAGCAUCAUUGCCUAUUUAAUGCCGUGCCACUUCUUGCAGGCAUUGUGCUUUUAUAUAAUUUUUUUUCCCCUAGACACACUUUCUUGGUGUUCAAGCUCUUGUGAAAAUGUUGAUUUUUAAGACUGACCCCUUAAUGAAUUCUGUACAUUAACAUAGUCCGGUUCGCUGGAAUAAGAUGAUAUAUUUCUUUGAAUUUUAAAUUCUGCCACACUGUAAAUUUUUGGUGCAGUUGGUUUUAUUUAGCAACACUGCAGAAAUACUAUUGCAUGGGUAUGUUACGGUUCAUUUUUAAAAGGAGAAAAAAAGAAAACAACCAAACAAAAAGAACAGCUUCUGGAGGCAUACCUCACUGAUAUGCACACUGGGAAUUUUAACUGUGCCCCAAAAGCCUGUCUUAGUCUCUUCUGUUUCUGCAUUGUAUGCAGUCAAAACAGGCUACUAAAUUUCACUGUCAUAUUUAACCACAGCAAAUGGCUUAUCUGAACAGAGGCUCUGGGUGGGUUGAUGAAUCCUUUAAGAAGAAAAACCUCUACAUCCCAACUUGGAAUAAAACAAAAUGCCUUUAUAGAAUAAUUGAGCAACACACAAGUCAACUACUUGGCUUCUGUUACAACCAGUUUGAAAUAGGUACUGUGAUUUUCACCUUCCUCCAGUCUGAUUUUAAAAUCAUUACGUACUAAUUAUGUUAAAAGUCUGCAUCCCCAGCCCUAUAAGCAAGCUUUUGGUGGAAGUCCUUACAAAUGCUUGGCUUAACUCCCUAAGUGUGCAAUACUUGUUAGGGUGAUAUUUUUUUUUUUUAAUUUUAUAUGGUACUAGGAGAGUCUCCUUAAUCAUCCGUCUAUCAAUGCCUGCUAUGAUAUGCUCGUAGCUCGUGUGUACAUACAUCUGGUCAGGGAUACCACAGGGUGUCCUGACAUCCAUCUUCAAGAGCAUCUUCUUUUUUGCUGCACUGACCUCAGGAAGUGAAUUUAAAUCUUCCGGGGUGGGAAGACUGAGUUACAGACAGCACUGAGCUGGGGGGGUGGCAUGGUCUGUCAGAUUCCAAACUGCUUUUGCAUCUCAUUGAUGAACAGAGUCUUUGCCUUGAAGUUAUUUUCCAGUUGAAACAUUUUUAACUUAACACUGUAUUUGCGAUACGUUGUAUGGAAGGUGUAAUGCAGCUGUGUAACCUUAAGCCGUGUAAGCUCUACAUCUUACGGAAGGACUGUAACGGUCCAGUUACAAACAGGAAGAAGUGCAGAACUGUUUGUUGGUGGCCAAUUUACUUUGAUAGUUUAGAGGAAAGCCUUUUUGCCCUAAGUGUGGGAAAGAAAAAAAUCCAAAGGAACUCAUUUGGAAACUUGACAGCACAUUGCAAAUACAGAAUUAUUUUGCUACUUUUUUUAAACACUGCAUCAGAGUAGAUGAGUUGACAGUCUUAAAUCUCCUUGCAGUCUUUCUCCAAGACAGAUUUUUUUUUUUUUCUCACCCUCCCAUCCUUUACCCUUCGGGCUUAAAGUAGUGAACUUUUCAUCCUUUUUGUAGACCUGUGCUCUUAUUUUAACUUUUUUCGUUCCCACAGCAACAUAUACUGGAAAACAAGUUGAUCUGCCCUUUCUGUAGAUUUAAAUUUGGAGUGGAGAGUUAAGUUCCAUUCUAAAACUUACUUGUUCUUUCUUAGUGUAACAAAUACAACGUGAAAGAGGCAUGUACAGACAAAUGUCUCUAACUGUACAGUAAGUAUAGCAUGUUCAUAGCAGCGCUUCAUGUUAUUGCUGCUGCAGCAGCAAGAUAUCCGAAGUAGGAUAGUCACUUUCUCCUAAGAUACAGCUUGAGUGGCAUUUGCACAUAAAAUGUUGCUGCUUUUUUGUUUGUUAGAGCUCUAACUUCUCCAGUGUAAAAAACAAAAACAAAAAAAAAAACCCACAAAAAAAACCACACCAAAAACAAACCAAACCUCUCCAGAGCCUAAGUUAGGGUUUACCACAAUUCCAGUAAUCUCCAAGUAUGGAAUUACAUCUGACCUGUUUCAAACAGGGAGGUGUUUGUAAAUCAUGUUUACAAAGUGUAGUUUACUACAAAUUUUUAACUGAUUUCUGAUCAGCGCUUUCACAAUGCUUUCAUCUUGAUAUGUUUCGUGAUCUGAUAUGAAAUCAUUUAAGACUUGAAAACCCCAUGCAUCAUAAAACUCAACUUUUUUUUUUUUCCACACAAUGUCUUCAGUAGACAGUGACUUCUGGAUUCAGACCAAUCAAUAAAGGGGAUCAGUUCUCCA